AUGUCUGUGCGCAUGAAGUCUUACUCACGCCCUCGUAGGCACAAAAAGCUCACUCGAUCAGAAGGAGGAAGACACCAAUCCUUAGAACCCUCACAAUCAAGAUAUAACCAGGAUACAAUCUUCACAGUCAUAAUCCCACAACCAAAAUACAAUCCUCACAACCCAUCUCGACCAGAACAUAAUCCUCACAACCCAUCCCGACCAGAACACAAUCCUCACAACCCAUCCCGACCAGAACACAAUCCUCACAACCCUUACAAUAAGUCCUCACAAUUACAAUCAAACCAAGAUCAGGAGGAAGGCAACAACUCCUGGCAGCCUCACAAUGAAGACACAUCACCAAGAUACAAUUCUUCCACUCAGAAUCACACAACCAAAACACAAUUUCCACAACCAUAA